AUGGCACAAGACUCCAACGGCUAUGCCCGUGGUGAGGGUGUGGUUGUGGUUGUGCUGAAGCCUCUUAAACAGGCGCUUCACAACGGUAACCACAUCGAAGCUGUUAUUCGAGGAACAGGUGUCAACUCAGAUGGAGCAAGCCCUAGGUUAACCAUGCCUACUAUUAAGGCACAAGCAGCCCUCAUCCGAGAUACCUAUAAGCGAACGCCUGCAGGCGAUCCCGUCGAGGCUGGUGCCGUCUAUGAGGCCAUGAUCAAAGAUGCAGGUUCAUCUUCUUCUCCCUCCGCAACGACCACACCCCUGUAUGUUGGAUCCAUCAAGACGCUGGUCGGGCAUCUCGAAGGAGGUGCUGGCUUGGGCGGUAUAUUGAAGGCGCUUCUCAGCAUCAAGCACAAGACAAUCUUCCCUAACCUUCUGUUCAAUGAGCUGAACCCAAAAGUUGCUCCAUUCUAUGGACCUCUGCAGAUUCCAACCUCAGCGCAGCCCUGGCCUGAACUGCCCCCUGGAGUGCCUAUGCGCGUCAGCGUAAACAGCUUCGGCUUCGGUGGCACGAAUGCGCAUGCCAUCCUGGAGGGGUUCGAGCCCAGCGAUGUACAAAGUCUGGAGUCUGAAACAGCAUCUGUACAAACUUCUGUUGGUCGCCCGAGUCCAUUUGUUCUGUCUGGCCAUUCUGCCUCGUCCCUUCUUGGAAACUGUAAGGCGCUGCUCAAGUAUCUGAUAGACAACGUGUCCGUCUCCCUGUUCGAUUUGAACUGGGUUUUACACAGCAGACGAACGGCACAUCGUCUCAGGACAUUCUUCACUGCGCAAGCCUGUGAGGAACUGAUUCAAGACUUGGAAAGGUUUGUCGAGCAGCAUCGCAAGGCCACAAAGAGGGAUGAAUCGGCAUUCGCAACCGACACAUUGAUCCAGAUAAGCCAUCACGUAUCUUGGGCGUGUUCACCGGACAAGCUUGGCUUGGUGGCUCUAUUCCAGAAGAGUGGUCUUAGACUGGACGUUAUAGUCGGCCAUCCAUCUGGCGAAAUUGCUGCAGCCCAUGCUAGUAGUGUCAUCGGCAUCGCCACAGCCAUGCAGAUUGCCUACUACCGAGGCAAGCAUGCCCAUUUGGCUCGUGGCUCAAGCGGUGAGCCUGGUAGCAUGAUGGCCGUAGGCAUAAGCUAUGAUGAAGCCAAGAUGUUUUGCCAGCAACCAGAGUACCAGGGUCGCAUUGGUGUUGCUGCUGUUAAUGCACCCAAGAGCGUCACCUUGUUGGGUGAUCUUGACGCCAUUGAACAGGCAAAGGCACAUUUUGACGACGUGCAAGUCUUUGCGCGUCAAUUGAAGGUGGACACAGCCUAUCAUUCUCAUCAUAUGGAGAAAUGCGCAGCAAAAUAUCUGGAGUCUCUGAAGGUUUACAACAUCCAGGUUCAGUCUCCUAGAGAGGAUUGCGUUUGGGUGUUGAGUGUUCAUGGCAACACCGAGUUUCUGAAAGAUGACUUGGAGUCACUCAAAGGCCCUUAUUGGGUUGCCAAUAUGGUGCAGCCAGUUCUCUUUGCUCCCGCUCUUCAUUUUGCUGCUAAACUUGGUGACGAAUUCGAACUGGCUAUUGAGAUUGGACCGCAUCCUGCGCUCAAAGGACCUACAACGCAGACCUUGCAGAAUGCUCUUGGCACAUAUCCUCCCGUGCACAUUGCAACCCUGCAGCGGGGUAUCAACGAUACAGUCUCUGUUACAGAUGCUAACGCCUUUUCACCAGUAUCUUCAAUCACACCCCGGGGUGUAAACGUCAAGCUGCUGAAGGAUCUGCCGCCUUACGCAUGGGAUCAUGAUCGAAUCUACUGCAGAGAGUCUCGCAUCUCGAAGAACUUCCGAAAAUCUCAGGAUAGCCGCCAUCCUCUACUUGGGCGUCGUGUUCCGGAUGAUACCAAUCGGGAAUUGCGUUGGCGUAACGUCCUCUGCCUGGAUCAAAUAUCUUGGGCUCGUGGCCAUGUCAUUUCAGGAGAGGUUCUGCUCCCAGGUACAUCGUACAUUUCCAUGUCUUGCGAAGCCGCCAAAGUCCCCGCGAGAGAUAACCCAAUCCGGCCGAUUGAGGUGCUAGACAUAAAGAUUCGCCGCCCUGUGAUUGUUCCUGAUAGUCGCGAGGGUGUGGAAAGCACCUUUACAGUACGGGCGGAGGAUUCGACAAACUCGGAUUGUAUUUCUGCAGAUUUCUGUUUCUAUUAUUCUGAUCUUGCUGGAGCCAUGGAGCAAUCAUGCGAUGGCAAGAUUGUUGUCUAUCUCGGCGAGGCCAGAAAACAGGAAUUACCUCUUUACGGUGGCUCCCCUCCAGGCCUUUAUCCCAUUGAUAGCGAUGCCGGCUACAAGAGCUUUGAACAGAAUGGACUUGGCUACACCGGACCUUUCCGCCGGCUGGAAGACAUUCAGCGUAGACGUGAUUAUGCUAUUGCGAUGGCGGAGUGGUCAGUGGAAGAGUUGGGCGCGACCGAGUACACUGUUCAUCCAGCACUGUUAGAUGUCAGCCGGCAAAACGUGGUCCAUGCUCGUGCUGACCCGGCAGUUGGCAAUCUUCCCACGACCAUUCUACCAGUUGGCAUCAAACGAGUAGCUGUGAGUCCGAAUGUGGCAUUGGCAGAUGGCGAUACUCUCCGAGUCAAGGCGGACACAUUCGUCACUGCCCGUAACGGGUUGGGUGUUGUUGGUGACGUGCACAUAUACAACGCAUCCUCGGGUGACACUGCCGUCCAAAUGGAAUCUGUUUCACUUGAUCCAGUCUCGCCGCAGAUGCCACAUCAAGAUCAUCGUCUGUGCUUUGAGAUAGUGUUCAAGAUUGAUCCUUCCUUGCGCCUUCUGGAGCCGCCAGAGUACGACCUCGACUCCAAGAGCAGCCAGAGAACCAAAGAGCUUUCUGCAGACAUUGGAAGGCUGUGUCUCUUUUACAUUCAGCGGAUCCUAGCAGAUCUGGAUCGGAAAGAGAGGCCAACUCUGAUGUGGUAUCACCAGAUGCUGGUCUCCGCCUGGGAUGCCACCAUCAAGCUUGUCCAAGAAGGUUGCCAUCCGGUGGCAGAGACCAGCUGGCUUGCUGAUAAGUCGGAUAUAGUCGACAAGAUUUUUGCCAAGUGGGGUAAUACAGUUGAUAUUGAGAUUGUCCGCGUUGUAGGAGAGAGAUCUGUUGAGUUCCUAAAACGCAAAGAGUCCAUCUUAGAGGUCCUCAUGAAAGACAACAUGGCUGCUCGUGCGGCCGAGAGAUUCAGUGAAUUUCAAGGCAAAACCAUCUUCGGGACGCUUGACGUGGAGAGCGACGUGGAACUCCAAGGGUUCCAAAAGCACGCUUACGAUGUCGUUGUCGCCUCAAAUGUUCUUCAUGCCACUGCCAGUAUCAAGAGAAGCCUUGAGCAGGCUCGUUUGCUGCUUAAGCCAGGUGGCUUCCUCCUUCUUGUCGAGAUAACGGGCACUGAGCUGAUGCGAACUACAUUCUGUGUUGGCGGCUUGCCUGGAUGGUGGCUCCGCGCCAAAGAAGGACGAAACCUCUAUCCCGGUCUGAAAACAGAAGAAUGGCGCGCAACUCUUCAGCAGACUGGCUCUUCUGGUGUGGAUUUGGUUGUCCAUGAUAUUCCUGGACAGCAGUGCUACUCGUUCAUCGCUAGUCAGGCCGUCAAUGACACCGUCCAGCAGCUUCGUGAUCCUCUAGAGUAUAUUGACGAGGUGUCUGAGGUCAAGUCUCUUCUCAUAGUUGGUGGAAAGACACUCCCAGUGUUCAAGGCAUUAACUACAGUCCAGAAGAUGCUGGGGCAACCAUGGAGGAACCGCAUUACAGUCGCCAGCGAUAUUGAAACAAUUGAUUUCACCAGGCUUGGCUCUGGAGUCGACGUCUUGGGUCUGCAGGAGCUAGACAAUGCCUUAUUUUCAGAGUCUUUGACCGACAAGAAACUCAAAUCCCUUCUAAAGAUGUUUCUUAAGAACAGACAAGCCCGCGUGCAACAUGAUUGUCCGUAUGGUAACAAGUAUUUCCAAGGAGCUGCCGCAUCUAACAUUCAGCUUCUUGAUUUGGAUUCCAUCGCCAGCCCAUCAUCCACAGCUCAUGUCAUACUUGAGGCAUUCUUACGACUGAAUACCCUCUCUGCUCAUGACUUUGAUGUGGAGCCACUCUUAUGGCCACUGGAGCCAGAGCUUGUGGUGGAGGGAACCGAUACCCUUAUCCCUCGUGUUCAGCCGGAUCAGCAGAGAAAUGAUAGAUACAACGCCAAGUUACGUAUUAUUAGCAAGUCUGUUGAUGUCACAGAUCUAUCUAUCGGUAUUGUUAGCCAGCGGGGCAAGUUGGCGUUCGUUGAGUGCGACUCGAAGCAUGACACAACCGCCCGCGAAACCGUGCGUGUCAAGGUCCAACUCUCCCUCUUUAUACCUGGAAAUGGCAGCAAUAGAGGCGUAUACCUUUUAGUUGGUAAAAAAAUUGGCUCCGAUGACUCUGUUGUGGCUAUUUCUCAAAGCAACACGUCCGUCAUGAGUUUGUCGCUGGAGUAUGUCUCUCCCAUUGAAGACAAAGACUGUAACACCACUUUCCUUGAGCAAAUAGCAAACCAAAUCAUAGUAGAUGGACUUACCAGAACUGCAGAAAGCAAGUCGUCUAUUCUUUUACACAAUGCAAGCGCUGACUUGACUGCAUGCUUUGCUGCUGGGUCGAAAGUGCACGACUUGCAAGCAGUGUUUUCAUCUUCGUUCACUUCUGAAGACCGUCAUGGUUGGAUCACUAUUCAUCCUCAAAGCUCUGCUCGCGCUAUUCAGAGACUCUUGCCAAAGGACUUUGCUGUAUUUCUAGAUUGCUCACCAGUUUCUGCUUCCGCUUCCGCUUCAGAUUCGGUAACAGCAUCCAUUCUAGCUACGCUCCCAUCUGGUUGCACCGUCCAUCGAUGGGGCAGCGAGCUUACCAUUUCUCUCAUUCGACAGAAAAUACCCCGUCUUGGUGGUGUAGCCAAUGCAGCCAUGAUCUUGUCCGAUAAGCUAUUUAUCGACAUGGAUGUAGAUUCUAUGAACGCGACCAUCAAGCCCAAGGUGGACGCUUCGAAACAUCUGGAUUCUAUUUUGGCGGAUUACCCCCUGGACUUCUUCAUCAUGUUCUCCUCUGCACUCUCUGUUACUGGUGGCCACGGACAAGCAAACUAUCACGCAGCCAACAUGUACAUGGCGGCGCUUACAGCAAAUCGCAAACACAAAGGACGUACGGCGUCAGUCAUGCACAUUGGCCAUGUGUGUGAUGUUGGAUACUUUAUUUGUGCCGACAUGAUCUCCAAGGACUACGUCUCAAGAAGACACAUGGGACCAAUCUCCGAGGUGCAUGUGCACCAUGCCUUUGCGGAGGCUAUCAUAGCCGGUAAGCCGAAUAGCGGGCAAUCAUGCGAAGUCGGAUAUGGAAUUGAGCCGCUUGACACACGCCUGGAUGGGGAGCAGGAAAUGGCCUGGUCAUCCGAUCCUCGCUUUGCCCAUUUCCUGCCAACAGUCCAAGUCGGAAAGUCCGAGGAAUCUCAAGUUGGCCGUGGCGACAUCAAAGAGCGAAUCCACGGCGCUGAAACGGAGGCCGACGUGAUUGAGAUUGUCCAAGAAGCCCUUGUUUUCAAGCUCGAGUCAUUGCUGCAGUUGUCAUCGGGCAGCAUUGAUCCGGAUGCACUGCUCACCAAGCUUGGCAGCGAUUCUCUUGUGGCAGUUGAGAUUUGCGCCUGGUUCCUCAAGAAGAUUGGCAUUGAUGUCCCUGUUGUCAAGAUUCUAGGAAGAAACUCUGUUAACCGGCUCUGCGUUGAUGCAACUAAGAAGUUACUACAACAGUGGACUUGGGCUUGCAAGAAUCCAAAUCAGCUUCUUCAGACAGCCUCCUCCAUCUCCCGUCAAGAUGAAGAUAGUGAGCGGCAACACCCCGGGGCGGAGAUUGGCGACGAGAAGUCCCACCCCCGUGCUGGCACAGUGGAAGAAGAAGCAAUCCCAGCAAAAGUACAUCCUGAGUUAAAUCAGGACAUCAUAACAAUGGAACGUAUGUCAGCAGCUCAGUCCAGAAUUUUUGUGCUCGGAAAUUUCAUGAAGGAUCCUACUGCCUAUAGUUUAAUGAUCCGAUACGACACUGUCAGCGAGCUCGAUAUCCAUCGCCUGCGAGACGCCUUGACCACCACGAUGCGGCAUCACGACUCUCUUCGAACUUUCUUCUUCGCCCGCAGUCAAGAUAACCAGCCGAUGCAAGGACUCUUACUAUUCCCCCAUACCUUGAUCCUGGGCUACCACCACAUCAUCUUUGAUGCAUCUAGCAUGCGACGCUUCAUGCGAGAUUUGAACUCGGCCUACAAUAUGCGACCGCUCAAGCGAGACUUUGGGACUUGUAUAGAGUACGCUCGGCAAGAACAUCAAGAUAAAGAAUCCAACAUGCUCGAGAGCAAUAUGCAAUACUGGCGAAAGAAAUUCUCAAGCCAGGCCGAGGUACUCCCUCUGCUUCCAUUGUCCAACAAUACGAUGCGUCCAGAUUCACGGCAUGUUUCCAGCUCCCACGCGGAGUGCAUGAUUGACGAGGAGACGGUGAAAGCAACCAAACAGGUAUGCCAGGAAUUAGGCAUCACGCCCUUCCAAUUCCAUCUCGCGGUCGUUCAGGUGCUUCUCGCUCAAUCUCCGGGCCGCCCCGACAUUUGCAUUGGUGUGGCCGAUGCCAGCCGCCCCGACACCAAAUACAGGGAAACCAUCGGCUUUUUCCUCAACCUGCUUCCCGUGCGCUUUUAG